GAUGAUGUCUUUCAGAUAGUAGAAGAAGAGAAGAGAAGUCAAUCAGAAAGUCAGACAUCAGAUGUGAUCGUGUACCAGAUCUUUGGUUAUGAAGGUAAACCUCUGCCCUACUCUCUGACCAUCAUAGACACUCCUGGAUUUGGAAAAACUGAUGGGACUGAACAAGAUGCUAGUGUCAGUCAAAGAUUGUUUGACUUGUUUUCAGUCAGUCAUGGAAUUCAUGAGAUUGAUGCAGUGGGUCUGGUGAUGAAAGGGAGUGACAAUCGACUGAAUGACCAGCUGAGGUACAGCUUUAAUUCAAUAAUCUCUCUGUUUGGAAAAGACCUGGAGAAGAACAUUGUCACUCUCAUCACACAGUCAAAUGGUGAGACACCUGAAAAUGUUCUACAAGCCGUUGAGGCUGCAAACAUUAAAUGUGCCAGAGAUAAAGAGAAUGAGCCUAUUCAUUUUAUGUUCAACAACCGCCAGAGCACACAGAAAACAAAGAAGAAUACGGUUGCUCUAAAAAGUGCAUGGGACAUAACAAUAGAACAAAUAGGUCGGUUCACCGAUUUCCUGAAAAGCAAUUCCCCUCAAAAGCUGGAGAAAACUGUUGAAGAGUCUAAAACACACACCAGACUGACAGCCUGUAUCCAAAACCAGGAAGAGAGAAUUAGGUUUAUUGAUCUAAAACAGACCGAAAUCCAGCAGGCUAUGGACGGUUUAAAGAAACAUGAACAAGAGAUGAAGAAAAAUAAGGAGUUCACUGUAGAAGUUGAUGAGGUCUACAAAGAUAAAGACCCUAUCGGGGGUGGUCAAUGGGGGUUAUUUUAUGUAGGAGCGGUCUGCUGCACAACAUGUGAUGAGAACUGUCACUAUCCUGGAUGCACAGUGGCCUGGAGACCAGCAGACUGUGAGGUCAUGAAAGAUGAUCGCUGCACUGUAUGUCCUGGGAAGUGUCAUUCAUCAGAUCAUGUGAAAGAAGAGUGGAAAUAUGUGAGCAAGAAAAAAAGAGUAAAAAUGACCCUGAGCGAUAUGAAGGAGAAAUAUGAACUGAACGAAGCAGGAAGUGAGAGCAAGUUCAGCUGUUUGGAAACCUUUCAGCAGAAACUUGAGGAACUUCAGAAAGAAAAAGAUCAGUUGCUGCAAAAGUCCUUCGAGCAUGUUGUGGAACUGGAUCAGAUCGCCCUGAAUAUUGAUUCAUUGUCCACUCCUGUCCGCUUUGACUACCUGAUUGAGAAGAUGAAGAAGAAAGACACAGAGAAGUUCAAGAAACUGGAAGAGAUAAAAAGUCGACUGCAUGAACAAACCAAAGUAGCAUCACGAAAUACCUCUUCUAAAUAUGGAAACAUUAUUUCCACUAGUAAUGCACUCCAACCAGGACUUCCCACUCUCUACCAGCUGAAACCAAAGAAAGAAGACAUUCAACCUCCGAGAACAAAGAAAGAGAAGAUUGGAUCUCUGACAAAAAUGACUCUUGGUGACAAAGAUCCAAACAAGAUAAACAAAACCAUCUUACUUGUUGGUGAAACAGGAGCAGGAAAAUCUACUCUGAUCAACGCUCUGGUCAACUACGCCAUGGGAGUGGAGUGGGAGGAUGAUGUCUGGUUUAAGAUAGUAGAAGAAGAGAAGAGAAGUCAAUCAGAAAGUCAGACAUCAGAUGUGAUUGUGUACCAGAUCUUUGGUUUUGAAGAUAAGACUCUGCCCUACUCUCUGACCAUCAUCGAUACUCCUGGAUACGGAAGCACUGAUGGGGUUGAAAAAGAUGUCAUCAUCGGUCAAAGAUUAUUUGACUUAUUCCGCUCUAAGGAUGGAGUUCAUGAGAUUAACGCAGUGGGUCUGGUGCUGAAAGCGAGUGACAAUCGACUGAGUGACCGACUGAGGUACAUCUUUAAUUCAGUGGUGUCUCUUUUUGGAAAAGACCUGGAGAAGAACAUCGUCGCUCUCAUCACACACUCAAAUGGUGUGACACCUGAAAAUGCUCUACUAGCUCUCGAGGAUGCAAACAUUAAGUGCGCCAAAGACAAGAAAAAUCUGCCUGUUUAUUUCAUGUUUGAUAACUGCCAGAGUAAAGAGAAGAUAAUGAGGGAUAUGGUUGCUCUUAGACAUGCAUGGGAUGUGACAAAGUACCAAAUGGAUAAGUUCACUGAGUUUCUGAAAAAUUCACCUCAGAACCUGAUAACAACUGUUGAAGUGUUGGAUACAAGAUCAGACUGACAGCCUGCAUCAACAACCUGCAGGAGAGAAUCAAGAUGAUUGAUCUA